AUGCGGUUUCAGUUCAUGUCAAAUACAGAAAAACACGUGUUCUUUGUUUAUGUUUUAAAUUAUUGUUGCUUUCUUUCUCAGAAAAAGUAACAGGUUGUAAAUGAGUUCAAAAAAGUUAACCGGAAAUAAACGCAUUAUCCACGAUUCUGUCGUAGAUUUGUACAACUGUAUACAAAAAUGGAAAUUUCUUACGUCUGAUUGUUAUUCUACUGUUAAAAGUAUUUGCUUGAUAAAACAGAAUUCUCUACAUGAUGAAGAUCAAAAUGAAGCUGAAGAGCCUAUUUCUAGUUUUUCCGAGCUUGAAAACUUAAGUUGUGAAUUAUUACAAAAAUUGAAGAAAUUGGAGGCUGUAGCAGAAAAAAUAAGGCAGAUUCCACGAAAACUCAAAUCUGUUAGAGAAUUAUCUGAUUUGCAACAAUCAACAGAUGAAAAUUUUGAUCUAGAGUUAUCUAAAUUGUCCAUAAUUUGUGAAACAUCAACAGAAAUAGAACAAAUGUAUACAAAAGAAUUUAAAAUGAAAUCAAAUAUAGCAAAAGAAAUUUGCAUUUUAACAAAAGAAUCUCAACUAACUUUUUUUGAAGCAUACUGGAAGUAUGAACCUAACAUAGAUAGAGAAAUAGUUGAUAGUUAUUUGAAGAGAAUGAUAUUUAUACUUGAAUUACAUUCUCAAUUGUCAUAACUGAUUAUAUAUAUAUAUGUGUAUG